UUGAGGAGAGGGGGGGAGAGAGAGAGUGGGGAGGAUUAGUUAUGUGCGGCGGAGGACGGUGCGGCGGGCGGUGAGGCGGCCGUGCCCUGGAUGGCGAUUGAAGCGUGUGGCGUACGGGCCGCAGGCAGGGGAGCGAGUCAGCGUCAGCCCGGGUUCGGGCCCGGCCUCGACAUGUCAGACAGGCGGCCCGACUGCAGCCGGGUGUCACAGCUGGAGUGCGAGCUCUACUACCUGAUCGCCCGCUUCCUCCUUUCUGGACCCUGUCAGAAGUCAGCGCGGGUCCUGAUCCAGGAGCUGGAGGAGUACCAGCUGAUCCCCAGGCGUCUGGACUGGGAAGGGAAGGAGCAUCGCAGGAGCUUCGACAGCCUGGUUUUAGCAAACAAACAUGUGUCUUCAGAUCACUUGCUGCAAAUUUGUAAACGAAUUGGCCCCCUUUUGGAUAAGGAAAUCCCACCCAGUGUUCCUGGAGUGCAAACCUUGCUGGGAGUUGGGCGGCAGUCAUUGUUAAGGACUAUGAAAGAUUGUAAACAUGUAGUGUGGAAAGGUUCAGCCUUUGCUGCCCUUCAUCGUGGAAGACCACCAGAACCUCCUAUCAACUAUGGAAAAUGUCCAAAUGUUGUGAAUAUCACCACUGCUAAACAACUAACAGGAUGUGGACGACACAGCCAAGUUUUUCCUAUUGUGGCUUAUCAGCAUGUGAAAAUGUACAAGAGGAUACUUGGGCAUCUUUCCUCGGUGUACUGUAUAGCUUUUGACCGUACAGGGAGGAGAAUUUUCACGGGUUCAGAUGAUUGCUUGGUGAAGAUUUGGGCCACUGAUGAUGGACGACUUCUGUCUACUCUGCGUGGGCACUCAGCUGAGAUUUCUGAUAUGGCUGUUAACUAUGAGAACACAUUGAUUGCUGCAGGCAGCUGUGAUAAAGUGAUCCGUGUUUGGUGCUUACGGACAUGUGCUCCUGUCGCAGUGUUGCAAGGACAUACUGGAUCUAUAACUUCUUUACUGUUUUGCCCUAGCACCAGGGGAAAAACACGAUACUUGACGUCCACCGGUGCUGACGGGACUAUCUGCUUUUGGCAAUGGAAUACGGAGACUAUAAAAUUUAAUGAAUUUCCAAUGAAAUUUACAGAUCGAUCCAGGCCAGCAAGUCAGAUCUCCUGCUGUUCUUUCAGUUCUGGGGGAAUGUUUAUAGCAACCGGCAGUACAGAUCAUGUGAUUAGGGUUUAUUACUUGGGUUCUGGUUCACCAGAAAGAAUUUCUGAGCUGGCAUCACAUACGGAUAAAGUUGUCGCUAUUCAAUUCUGCAACAGUAGCCACAGUUUAAGAUUUCUUAGUGGUAGCCGUGAUGGAACAGCUAGAAUCUGGCAAUAUCAACACCAAGAGUGGAAGAGUAUAGUCCUGGAUAUGUUUACAAAGUUACCAGGGAACAAUUCAGUUCCCGUGGAAGACAAAGUCAGUAAGUUGAAAGUAACCAUGGUAGCCUGGGAUCGUUGUGAUAGCACAGUAAUCACAGCAGUGAAUAAUUUUCAUUUGAAAGUGUGGAACUCCUACACUGGCCAGCUGCUUCAUGUCCUCUCGGGUCAUGAUGAUGAAGUUUUUGUACUGGAGGCUCAUCCAUUUGACUCCAGGAUUAUGUUGUCUGCAGGGCACGAUGGCAACAUAUUCAUCUGGGACCUUUCAAAAGGUACCAAACUCCGGAACUUUUUUAACAUGAUUGAAGGUCAGGGUCAUGGUGCUGUGUUUGAUUGUAAAUUCUCUGCAGAUGGACAGCAUUUUGCAUGCACAGACUCUCAUGGACAUUUACUGAUCUUUGGAUUUGGCUGCAGUAAACCAUAUGAAAAGAUUCCAGAUCAAAUGUUUUUUCACACUGAUUACCGUCCUCUUAUCCGUGAUUCAAAUAAUUAUGUCCUGGAUGAGCAGACACAGCAGGCACCCCAUCUCAUGCCUCCCCCAUUUCUGGUUGAUGUGGAUGGAAACCCCCACCCAACACAAUAUCAACGGCUGGUGCCCGGUCGGGAAAAUUGCAUGGAUGAACAGCUUGUUCCACAGUUGGGGUACAUGGCAAAUGGUAACGGUGAAGUAGUGGAACAGGUCAUAAGCCAACAGACAGAUAAUCAGUACGAAAAUGACCAGGAAACCAGUGUUCUAGAUGAUGCUAUUAGAGAACUCCAGCGAGAACAUGACAUGAGGCAGAGAAGUGAAGGAAUAUCUGUAUCAGAUGGUCCUUACAGUAGAUCAAAUUCACUAAGCAGUGCCUUGCUGUCUUCACCGAAUAUUGGACUUCGACGGAGUGGUCAAAUUGAAGGUGUCCGACAAAUGCAUAAUAAUGCUCCUAGGAGUCAAAUUGCUACAGAGAGAGACCUGAUGGCAUGGAGCAGGAGGGUUGUAGUUAUGGAGCUUCCACCUGGAAUUAGCAGAUUUCAGGAGGAAUUGCGCCUUUGCAAAGGAGAUGGAGAAAUUAAUCUGUACACAACUGAGAAAAAACGUAAACCAUUGCAACCAACACAGAAGAGCGACGGUCAGGAUUAUUUUCCACAUUCAGGGAGGCGGAUUCAACGCCGAAAUCAACAUUUUUAUCAAACGCGUUCAACUGUGGAACGUCGUACUCGCAGUGUUCGUCACGUGGAAGAACCUAAUAAUUCUUCAGAGCAGGAAAUGGAGACAAUAGAUGGAAGUGAUGGAACAUCUGAAGAGGCUGAAGAAGAGUGGCAGAGUGAAAGCAGUUCCAGUGAUUCCUCAAGUGAGUACUCAGAUUGGACGGCAGAUGCAGGCAUUAACUUGCAGCCACCCAAGCGACUGGUAAGACGAAUAGUAAGGCGUAACAGUAGCAGCUCUGAAGAUGAAAAGAUGGGUGAAAGAUUGGCCGUAAAACGUAAGAAAUCCAAACUGUCCAAGCAAAAGAGGCCCAGUGAACUCCUGGCAUUGGAAGGUGUGCCCACUGAAGAAUGGAUUCCUCCAGCUUGGAUCAGAGAUACAGUUCCACGCAGGUCACCAUUUGUACCACAAAUGGGCGAUGAGGCUAUAUAUUUUCGUCAAGGACAUGAAGCGUAUGUGAAAGCUGUUAAGAAAGCAAAAAUAUACAAUGUAAACCUUCAGAAGCAACCAUGGAUCAAAUUAGAACUCAGGGAACAAGAGAUUGUAAAGGUCAUUGGGAUCAAGUAUGAAGUUGGACCACCUACAUUGUGCUGUCUGAAGCUUUCUCUGUUAGAUCCUAUAACUGGCAAAAUGACUGGAGAAUCUUUCUCUAUUAAGUACCAUGAUAUGCCAGACGUCAUUGACUUUUUAGUGUUGCGGCAAUUAUAUGAUGAAGCUAAAAAGAGAAACUGGAAAGUUGGAGACAGAUUUCGCAGUAUAAUAGACGAUGCCUGGUGGUUUGGAUCUGUGGAGAGUCAGCAUCCUUUUCAGCCCGAGUAUCCUGACAGUUUAUUUCAGUGUUACAAUGUAUGCUGGGAUAAUAAUGAGUUGGAGAAGAUGAGCCCAUGGGACAUGGAACAAAUACCCGAAAAUGCUACCUACCCUGAAGAAAUUGGUGCUAGUGUUCCUGUCACUCCAGAAGAGCUUAAAGACUUGUUAUAUAAACCCCAAGAAGGUGAUUGGGGAUCCCAUUCUGCAGAUGAAGAAUGUGAACGCAUCAUUCAGGGAAUUGAUCAACUCCUUACACUUGAAAUAGCUGCACCAUUCUGUGCUCCGGUGGAUCUCCAUGCCUACCCGUUGUACUGUACUGUGGUUGCAUAUCCAACAGACCUGAGCACCAUCAAGAAGAAAUUGGAAAACAGGUUUUAUAGGACAAUAUCUGGCCUCAUGUGGGAAGUAAGGUACAUUGAACAUAAUGCUGGAACUUUCAAUGAGCUUGGCAGUCCUAUUGUCAAGUCUGCCAAGUUAAUUACAGAUGUCUUACUACAAUUUAUUGGAGACCAGAGCUGCACCAAUAUCUUAGAGCUGUAUGAAAAAACUAAGACAGAGGAAUUUAGUGGUGAUGAAAAUGACAAGGCUUCAGAGAUGGAUUCUGAUGCUCCUGGGACGUCCUCAGACACAAUACGUCGCCUCCCAAGACAACUGAACAGAAGACCAACAUUAAACAUUGACGUGAAUGCUUGGAAGGAACAGUGCAGGGAGUUUCUGAAUCUUAUGUUUCAAUGUGAAGAUUCUGAACCUUUUAGACAGCCAGUGGAUCUCUUCGCUUAUCCUGACUACAGGGAUAUCAUAGACACACCAAUGGACUUCAACACAGUGAAAGAAACCCUUGAAGAGGAAAAUUAUGAAACUCCUCUGGAGUUUUGCAAGGAUGUUCGAUUAAUAUUCAGCAAUGCCAAAGCUUACACACCGAACAAAAGAUCAAGGAUAUACAGCAUGACACUCAGGUUAUCUGCCUUAUUUGAAACACAAAUUAAAAAAAUAAUCUCUGACUACAAGCUCGCCUUGAAGUGCCAAAAGAAGAACAAACCAAGACAGAAGUAUCGGAAAAGAUUCAAAAGCAGCAGCAGCAGCAGCAGCAGCAGUUCUCAGUCCAGCAGCAAAAGUAGUUCUCGGUCCAGCAGUAAGGGCAGUUCUCGGUCUAGCAGCAAGACAUCUUCCCGGUCCAGCAGUAGAAGCAGUUCUCAGUCCAGAAGUAGCUCUCGGUCCAGAAGCAGGAGCAGUUCUCGGUCCAGAAGUAAGAGCAGUUCUCGGUCCAGCAGCCAUGCAUCCAGCCCAGAACACAAACCAGCAAACACUCCUAAAACAGUCCUGACUUCUUCACCAUCUUGUUUAAUAAGAACUAUUUCAUCAAGAUCAUCUCCAGCUUUGGAAACAGAUGAACUUUCAGGACAAUUGAAUAUUGAGAUUAAGCAUCCACAGGCAUUACCACUUCCUGAGUGGGAUUCGCAGAAUAGGAUUGAAAGUGAUUCAGAGCCUGAAAGUAUAAGCAUAACGAGGAACACAGCUACACCAAUAAAGCAAGAUCAAUCAUCCAAUGGUCCUUUAGUUAAUGGUCAUGAAAUACGUACUUCUACUAAAAGAAAGUUGAUGAGUGACUCGGAAGAAAGUGAUUUGGAGAAUACAAACCAAGAGGAGAUGGAUGAUGCUGCACAACUAGACAAUGAUGCAUCAGCCAAAUCUGGCCCAGAAUCUGAAUGUGGACCAGAAUCCAUUUCAGGGGCUGAUAAAGAUCAUGUUGAAGGAGAUCACGAUUACAGCAAGGUUGUGAGAAGAAAGGCGACAGGGAAAGGCAAUAUAAAAAGCAGAGUAGGAGUAAGAAGAAAAAGGAGGAGGAGGAGGAGGAAAGGCUUCAAAUUUACCACACCAACAAACAAAUAUAAACGGGCACGACUGCUGGACGAUUGGUUUGAUGAAGAUGAAUUGUGUGUUGAUCGAUUAAAUAAAUGUUCCACAAUUAGAACUAGAAACCAAGGCAGAAGGACUGUUUUAUAUAAUGACGAUUCUGAUGAUGGGUUUGUACCAACUGAUGAGCCCCUAAAUCUUGGCACAUCAAGAUCAGGAAGAAUGCGGCGAAUGACAGAAAAGGCUAAGGCAAGUCACCUGAUGGGAUGGAGUCACUGAUUGUUAAACGAGAGAACGUUUUAAGAUGAAAUUUAUUUAUACUGCAGGGAUUUGAUAUGCACAUUAUUUUUACUAAUUUAUGUGGGGUGGGGUUUGUUGGGUGGGUGGUGAGGGUAAUGUUCACACUAUUUUUUUUUUGUAAUGGUGCUUAUCCAGUCAUCAAAAUGCACUUCGGUCUUCCAAAACCGAUGCUUACUGACUGCUCAAUCCAACCUCAGAUACAGUAUAUCCUUAAUGCAUUGGAAAUUAUCACUGUGCAUCAGGGUCCUAAAGUCAACAACAGUUACACUUCUGCCUAUCUACCAUUGCAACUUUUAGCAAACCUGGACAGUGUUUCUGAAUCCUAUUUAUCAACCAAACACAUGGCAGAGUUUAGUUAAAUUCUGGCCAUAACUUCUCCACAUACAAUAAUAAGCAUGUACUAAUUUUUGCACAAUUCUUCCAGUGUCAAUGGCAGCUAUUAAAAGUUUACAAUAUGACUUAUCCCUUUCACUAAUUAAGAUUACAGCUUAUUUGAUCUGCACUGGCUUUGUUUUAUUUUGAUUUGUUAAUGAAUUGUAAUAUAUAUUGUGUGCUAACCUGUUUUUAGUUUGAAGAUUACUUUUGCAUUCCCUUUUGUAUUUUGUCUUCCAGUGAUAGAGAUAAUGAGCAAAUAAUGAGUGGUGCCUUUGUAAAUGUGUUUAAUUUAUGUAUGAGUGAUAUUUCAUAGCAUUUUGCAUUAAUUUUGGACAAGUUGAGGAAUAUGAACUUCAAAGCUGUUUGAUUUGAUUUUCAAAUGUUUACACCCACAAAGAACUGAGACAUUUAAAAUUGAUCCUUUUUCAUUUUUGUUUUGGUUUUUAAAAUCUUUCCAUUUUAAUGGUCAUUUCUACUAAACAGUACUAUAUUGCCUUCCUUCAUCAAAGAAAUUUAAGAUAAUCAUGUUUUGCAGAUGAUUUUGUUGCUGCAAACAAUGCCUCUCCUUGAUCAUUUCUUGUUUGGAAAAGAGACACCUAGCUUAAUAUAACUAGUUAAUUAGAGUAUCUGCAUUAUUGAGUUAAUCCAACUAGAAGCUGGAACCACCAAAAGGUAUUAGACGAUAGCCAAUAACAUUGCUCUGGGACAGUUUCUUGUAUCAAGUCAGAAUUUGUCAAGUUGCUAUACAUUUUGUUUGCAGGUUAACUAUAGGCAUAAGAUAAUUUGGGGUGCCGCUUUAAUGCCUCUGUUACUCUUUUUGGGUCUUUUGCUGUCUAGUUCCCUUUCACUCCCCUCUAAUCCUUCCUAGGGAGAUGAUGCCAUUUAGCAAAUCCGAAAUUUAAAUGAGAAUUUAAUUUCAGACUGUUGGAAUUACAUGACAAAUUAGACUUUGAUUUUGCGUAGUGUCUUGAAAAUGACAUUUUAUUCACGCUGCAGGAAUCCUAACAUGAAAGAAAAUGAGAUGCUGCCCCUUUUUCAACGACAAAGCUAUAUACUCUUUAAACCAUUAUUUUAUGGAUGGCUUCUGUCCACAUUUAAUUCACAACUUUCUGUUCACAUGCAUUUACUUACUCAGUGAUCGAUAUAUGAAACACUAGGUGGUUUAUAUACAAGGAGAUCUGGUACACAGUGUUCAGUGGGGUGGGGGGAGGGGGAGAGUAUGAUUAUAAGAUUUUCUGAGAAAAUCAGUAUUAUUAAUGUAUAUUAAUUAAUUUUUAACCAACUUAUACUAUUUAAGUUUCCUCCAAACUUGACCCCCACUCUGCCCUCCAACACCACCAUUUCUCCCCUACACUCCCCAGGUAUGAGAUUAGCAUUAUGGAGGUGCUAUAAAACUACUUCUGAUUUAAAGUGUUUCACUAAAGUUGCUUGAGGAAUGAGGACAUCUAUACUUGGAGUUGUACAGGAAAAUCUGGAGUCCUGUUUAUUUUUCUACAGAAAAUGUACAUUGAACUCAUUGUUUCUGUUAUUUUAUAUAGAUUAUGCAAAUCUUUGUAAACCAAUCUGGGUGUUUUGUAAAUGCUCUAAUCAUGGCUGCACAAUCAAACUUUGAAUUGUAUUGAAAUGCAUUUAAAAAGAAUAUAUUCUUACUCAGCAAAUACUGAAGUGCAACUCUAGUGAAAUGCCUUAUUAAUUCUUGUCCAAAGAUUUCAUGGUAGGAAGGUACUGUGUGCUUCAUCUUCCCUCCAUUAAAUCAUGCAGUUACAAUUACUGAAGAAACAAUGUACGAUCCACUUUCAGUUGUUGCUGUCGACUUAAACCAAAAUCUUCCAGGUAUGUGGCUUAAAAAAUGGACCAGAUUGUAUCAAUAAAUUGACUUUAAAUAGACAACAUUUCACCAAAUCCUUAACCUUGGUGGCAGUCCUUUUUUUAUAUAUGUAAGCAUAAAUCUAUUUUAAGAAGUCAGCAUUUCAGGGAUUUUUCUUGCCACUUAGGCAGACCAAAUGUAAUGUUGAUAUGCAAAGAUAUACUGUGAGUUACAUUUGACAAUUUUUGUACUGUAAAAAGUGUACAUAUGUAAGCUUUUUGUUUA